ACUCAUCGGACAUGGAUUAAUGGUUCUCUUACAUCUAUAAAGUUGGCUCUGGGACAAGAUCUCCUUUAUCAUUACAGUUGAAGCUCUGGACUCCAUGCAGCCAUGAGGACGACACUCUGGACUCUGAGUUUGGGGUCUCUUCUCACUCUCAGGGCAGCUCUCAUUGGCACAUCAUCUGAAGGUGGCCAAGGCAAUCUGAGGCUGGCACACAGACAGAGCAUGUGUGACGGAGUGGUGCUGGUUCGACACCAAGGGGAAUGGGGCCACCUGUGUAACCUGGAAUGGACACUGGCAGAAGCCUCUGUGGUGUGUAGACAGCUGGGCUGUGGCCCUGCUGUGGGUGCUCCCAAAUACGUACCCCUGCCUGGAGAGAUGGUCCGGCCCUGGCUGCACAAUGUAUCCUGUUUGGGCAAUGAGUCCUCUCUCUGGGAGUGUAGCCUUGGGGCAUGGAGUCAGCGUGCUUGCCCCCAUGAGUGGGUGGUGGUGGCUCUCUGUUCAAAUGGCACCUUCCGGGAGAUCCGGCUGGUAAAGGGCCGCAGUCCCUGUGCAGGACUGCCCGAGAUCAGAAAUGUGAAUGGGGUGGACCGCCUGUGUGGCCUGCAUGUGGAGGAGGCCACAGUGUUCUGCCGUGAGCUGGAGUGUGGCCAUGCGCUCCAGGCCUCCCGUCAAGAUGUGGGUGUCAGUAAGUACAUGACCUGUAAGGGCACCGAGCCCACCAUCCGCAACUGCAGACUCAACAACAAGCUACGUGGUGGUUGCAACCUGCUGCUGGAUGCAGAGGUCAUCUGCUCAGGACAUGUGGAGACCCGGCUAGUGGGUGGAGAGCAUUCCUGUGCUGGACGCCUGGAGGUUCUUCGGGGACUGACCUGGGGUACCAUCUGCCAUGCUGAUCUGGACUUGCCCACAGCCCAUGUGGUGUGUCGGGAGUUAGGGUGUGGCAUGGCUGUGUCUACACUUGGGGGUGCUCAGUUUGGCCAGGGCUCGGGGCCUGUGUGGCUAGAAGCCUUCCGCUGUGUGGGGAAUGAAUCGCUGCUGUUCCACUGCCCUCGGGAGCCUGGUCACCACUGUGGCCAUGACCAGGAUGCUGCACUAACCUGCUCAGAAUUCCGGCUGGUCAACGGCAGCAGUGACUGUGAAGGCCGCGUGGAACUCCAAGUGCAAGGGGCCUGGGCACCCAUCUGUGCUGCCAACUGGGACCUAGCAGAUGCCAUGGUCCUCUGUCACCAGCUCAACUGUGGCAACGCAGUAUCCAUACUUCCAGGAGGACAUUUUGGUGAUGGGGAUGCCCCCAUCUGGCCAGACGUUUUUCAUUGUGUGGGGACAGAGGUUCAUUUGCUUCAUUGUCCAGCAAGCACCCUGGGGGCCCCCAGUUGUGUCCUGAGAAAUACAGCUUCCACCAUUUGUUCAGGACUGCAAGACAUCCUGCGGUUGAGAGAUGGACAGAGCCACUGUGAUGGCCGCGUAGAGAUAUCUCUCAAUGGUUCCUGGGGUCGCGUAUUGGAUGACGCUUGGAACCUUCAUGGUGCCAGCGUGGUGUGCCAGCAGCUAGGAUGUGGAGAGGCACAGCGAGCCUAUGAUGCUCCAGCUCCUGGUUUCAGGACAACCCCUGUGGGGCUGAGCCAGGUGCGCUGCCUGGGCUCUGAGACUCACCUGAUGCAGUGCAAUGUUUCUACGUCUGUGCUGGUGCCUGCUGGGACCUUGCGUGAUGCAGGAGUGGUGUGCUCCGGGAGCCUGCGUGCGAGGCUGGCUGGGGGCCCAGGUCGAUGUGCUGGGCGUGUGGAGGUAUUCUAUCAGGGCUCAUGGGGCACGGUGUGUGAUGAUACCUGGGACCUUCAGGAUGCACGAGUGGUCUGUAGGCAGCUGGACUGUGGCCACGCCCUCAGUGCUCCAGGGAAUGCUCACUUUGGGGCAGGGACAGGACACAUCUGGAUGGAUGAGCUGCACUGCUUGGGAAAUGAGUCUUCGUUAUGGAAGUGCCAGUCAGGAAGCUGGGGCCAGCAUGACUGCAGACACAAGGAGGAUGCUGGAGUGUUCUGCUCAGAAUCUGUGGCUCUGAGGCUGCGAGGUGGCACCACUGGCUGCAUUGGAUGGCUGGACGUGCUCUACAAUGGGUCCUGGGGUGCCGUGUGCAGCAACACACUCAGAGACAUCUCCUUGAGCAUCAUCUGCAGACAGCUGGGAUGUGGGGACCAGGGCUGGCUGGAGAACAGGCCUUCUCCUGGGGCUGGCCUGGGAAUCUCCUGGGUAGAUAAUAUCAAGUGUCGAAAGCUACACAACGCCACCCUGUGGCAAUGCCCUUCUGCCCCAUGGAACCCGCACUCCUGUACCCAGGAAGAGGAGGUCUGGAUUAACUGUGAAGGACCACCACAGAUAGCCCUCCAGGACCCUGCACAGACCCCAAACUGCUCUUCUCCACUUGGCUGCUUUGAGGACAGUGCACUGCGUGUGCUUGGAGGUGAGGAUGGCUGUUCCGGGCGUGUGGAGCUCUGGCAUGCAGGCUCGUGGGGCACAGUGUGUGACGACUCCUGGGACCUGGUGGAUGCCGAGGUUGUGUGCCGGCAGCUGGGCUGCGGCCAGGCCUUAGCUGCUUUGGGAGGGGCUGCCUUUGGCCGUGGUGUGGGGCCUGUGUGGCUGGAUGAGGUGGAGUGCCUUGGCAGUGAAGUGACUCUGGAGGCCUGCCAGGCUGAGCCUUGGGGACAUGGAGACUGCACACACAAGGAAGAUGCAGGUGUUCGUUGUGCGGGUGUUUCCACGAGUACUGCAUUGUCUCCUUCCCUGACCCCUCCGCCGGUUGCUGAGGUCUGGAACCUGUCUGAGAUUGCCUGCUUGGUGCUUGGCUGCCUCCUGGGCAUUGUCUUCCUGGUUAUGAUUGCUCAGUGGUGUCACAUCAGAGAUACUAGCAUGGGUGCUGGCAUGCUGGGGAAUCUACAGUCAGAUGGUAUCUAUGAGGACAUUGAAGUUGCCCCUCUGCCAAAGAAAGAGGAGAAUACAGUGUCCAGGCUGUUGAUGCCAGAAGAGGGUUAUGAUGAUGUCGAAGAACCUGAGGAUCAUCCCACAGAGAAUGAGGAAUAA